AGAAAAAAAUAUUUGCCAUGGAGGAACUACAAGAUGCCAGCAUACAUCAUACCGCUGCAAAGUUAAUCAACACGAUAAAAACGCUGAAAAAUUAUGAGCCAUUAUAUGAAAAUGUUCAGAAAUUAGUUUGCAGUCCCACUGUCGAUCGCAAUGAUAUGUGCAAUACCCUGGAGGAGGCCAUUAAAAGUGCCGGCUUGGAAACUGAAAUACGCAAUAUUAUUUUUCAUUUGGUACGCAGUAAAUUGAAGCCGGAGGAGAAGCCAUCGCAAAUAAAUAUAAAUGACCCCUUGGCCUAUUUGAAACGUGCCGGUGUACAAUGGGAUCGUCGUGUACGCAAAAGUUUAAAUGCAAUGUGUUCCGAAUUGAAAAUGGCUUCGCAAGGUCAACCGCGAAUAUCAACCGAUCGAGAUGAACUACUCUCGAAAUGGGAUGAAUUGAGUAAUUAUACAAUUGAUUUAGCCAACUAUAGACCGGUUUAUGCUCCCAAGGACAUUUUGGAUGUAUUGCUAUCCCUGAAAGGUCCAACCAAGGCAGUGGAAAAUACAGAACAGGUGCCGAAAUGGGAAUUCUCGCAUAUAUCGCUGCCAGUGAAAAAUCUCUUUGAAUUGAGAAACCAUUACAGCGAUUUAUUGCGCACCGAAUCCUAUGCCGGCUCAUCGGAUAUGAAUUUACAAUGUCAACGAGUUUUGGAAUCAAAACAUGCCCCACUGUGCCAGCAUUUAUUGAGGAAGGGUAACACCCCGGCACCUUAUCGUGGAGCUUUGUGGUCGUAUGUUUUGGGUAGUCAUGUAAAUAAUUUUGAUAUUGAACAUUGGAAUCGUUUAAAAGCCAAUGUCUUGGCCACCGACCACAUUGUCGAUAAAUUGGUCUUCAAAGAUAUCCAAUUGACUGCCUCGAACGAUGAUCAGUAUUUUGUUUUUGAAGAUGUCCUUUAUCAAGUGUUGUUGUGUUUUUCGCGGGAUACUGAAAUUGCCCAGAUGAUACAAUUCGAACAUUAUCCCAUUAAGGGUAAAAGUUAUGAGGCGCCACCAUCGGGUGUGGUGCCAUUUCAUGGAAUUUGUAUGUUUGCUGCCCCCUUUUGUUAUCUCUUCGAUUCCCCCAUCAAUUUAUAUUUCACAUUCCGUGCCUUUUAUAUUCGUUAUUGUCAUCGGCUGACGACCAUUAAUACCCAUCCUCAGGGUAUUGUCAGCAUUUGUCUGCUCUUCGAAAAAUUACUGCAGACCCAUGAGCCGCAAUUAUGGUCACAUUUUCGUGAAUUACAAAUCCAACCGAUCCGCGUCGUUUUCAAGUGGUUGAUGCGUGCAUUUAGUGGCCACCUGCCACCCGAUCAAUUGCUGGUAUUGUGGGAUCUGAUCCUUGGUUUCGACAGCCUGGAGAUCCUUUCAAUAUUUGCCAUAAUUAUUUUAUCCUUUCGCAAGGAGAGUCUAAUGCAAGUGAAUUCGCUGGAUAGCAUAGAAGCUAUACUGGCAGAUUUAUCAUCAAUUCAGGUGCUGCCAUUGGUCCAAUUGGCCCUCAGUCGAGACUAG